CUGCAGAGGACAGUGCCCCCGCACCCGCCCUGCACCAAGAGGACGUCGGUGGUGCUGGAGGGCGAGGCCGAGCAGCUGCGCGACGGCGGCCUCCGCGACCAGGACGGCCGCGUGUUCCCCGCCGGCACCUGGUACACCAACGACACGCACACCAUGGGCUGCGCCUGCAAGGCCGGCACGUGCUUCUUCAAGUGCUGCCCGGCGGGCGAGAUGUCGCUGAAGCAGCGACGCUGUGGCACCGCCGCCGAGAGGGAGAGCCAGAGAGGAGCCGUCCUCUCUGGGGAGAGCCCGUGCGGGCUCGCCAGGGCGGCCGCCGAAGCCUGCGGCGGCAACGCGACGGCGGAGCCCGACGCCGACCUGGACGCGCCCGGGCUGGACAACGUCACGCUGGCGCUGGACCUGUACUCCGUGGACAACCUGGAGGAGCCGUGGCAGUCCGCCGUGCCGCCGCCCCCGCAGUGGAUCAUGCUGUACGGCAAGCCCAGCAGGCCCAUGCUGAGACUGGAGCCGAACGACGCCGACGACAAGUUCUACCUGCUGGCCAACGGGUCGCUGUUCGUGCCGGGCCACAGCACCACCGCCUUCCCGCCCGCCGAGUUUUGCAUGGACGUCUUCGACGACGUCGGCACCGUCACGGCGCUGAUCCCCUUCCCGCCCGAGACGGACGAGGUCGUCGACCACACCCUGCUGUACGACACCGUCAACUCCGUGGGCCUGCUCAUCUCCCUGCCCUUCCUGAUGACCACGUUCAUCGUGUACGCCAGCCUCGGCGAGCUGCAGAACCUCCACGGCAAGAGCCUGCUGUGCCACGUGGGCGCCAUGACGCUGGCCUUCGUGGACCUCCUGCUCGUCAAGUUCAGGAUCGGCGCCGACAACCUCAUGUUCUGCAAGUUCCUCGGCUUCUUUCUCCAGUUCGCCUUCCUGGCCUGCUUCUUCUGGCUCAACGUCAUGUGCUUCGACAUCUGGUGGACCUUCAGCGGCUUCCGCUCGGUGCACGGCUCGCCGUCCUGGUCGGCGGGCGAGCGGUCGCGGUUCCGCGCGUACUCGCUGUACGCGUGGGGCGGCCCGCUGGUCAUCCUGGUGGUGACGGUGACGGUGCAGGUGGUGGGCGACUGCGUGGGGCUGCCGGCCUACGUCAUCCACCCCGGCGUCGGCGUGGACUCGUGCUACCUGGGCUCGACGCACGCCAAGUACGCCUACUUCCGCGGCCCCGCCGCCGUGCUGCUACUCUGCAACGUGGGCCUGUUCGUGCACACGGCCAUCCGCAUCGUGCAGCUGCGCCGCGAGACGCGCGCGCUCAAGGGCGCCGAGAGCAAGCGCCACUCGGACGAGCGGCACCGCUACUUCGUGUACCUCAAGCUGUUCGUCACCAUGGGCGUCAACUGGAUCGCCGAGAUCGUGUCCGGCAUGCUGCCCGAGCCGGAGAGGGCGGACUACGGCUACCUGGGCAUCGUCAUCAUCGUCUCGGACGUCACCAACUCCCUGCAGGGCAUCCUCAUCUUCGUGAUGUGCGUGGGGACGGGCCACGUCCGCGGGCUGGUGGUGGACCGCAUCCUGCGGCGCCGCCCCGCGCGACAGGUGUCCAGCCACUCGUCCACCAAGACCACCAACACGCGCGCCAACGGCGUCGUGAGCCGCAGCAACGGCGACAGCAUCAAGAAGGACGUGGGGCUGUUCGCGGUGAAGCCCGUGGCGGUGGUGGCGCCGAAUAAGUCUUUUGUCAGCCCUAUUGUGAGUGUUGAAAAGUAUUAUAAGAGUCCUUGUUCUACAAACAGCAUUGAAGCCACUUUUACCACAGUAUGA